GUGUGCUGGGUCAGAGAAUUCAAUUGAGGGGUUUUAAAAAAACUCUAUCCUCAAAAGGAUAACCAUUAGAAGAAACAUAGAAGGUAAACAGGAAGAUGGGCAAGCUUGGCUGCAGCAUCGACGGGGUCCUAAAUGAAGCCAAGUUCAGUGAACCACUGCCAUGGAUUGGCAUCUACAUAGCAGCAGCAUCUCUUGCCUGUGCAAUUGCUAUGGCUGCAGACGCUAUCCAUGGAUUCCGCCAUUGGAAACUCUGGUUCCCUUGCAAAUUCUUAGCAAUCAACGCCACCUCUUUGACAAUAAUAACAGUGGCAGUCAAACUGUCCGUCGAUUUGAACACUGCCAUGCCUCGUGGUGAAGAUCAGCUAGCAAAACUCAGCAGCACGGCCUUGAUCUGUACAGUCAUGGGUAACUCUAUGCCUUCUCUAGGAACCAUGGAAAAUAAAGAAAUAUUCACCAACAUGAUAGCUUUGGGAAUACUUGUCAUUACUGUUCUUGUCAAUAUCUGCAUCCAACUAGGUACUGGUGUAAUCUAUGUUUUUGUUAUGGAGCAUGCCAUCAUCAUGUUUCUCAUGCUUGUUUUACUAGUAGUCUUAAGUUUUUCAGCUUUAACUGUUCCAACUAUAAAGCAUUAUUUGGAACUUAAAUACAAGAAGAAGUAUGAAAUAGCUCUCAAAGAAUGCUCAAAAUCAAAUGAAACUGACAAGACAAUAGUAGAGAAACUCAAGGAAGAUCUAAUGAGAUAUUGGAUGAUGGCUCAUACCUGCAGCCCCCAGUUUGUUGUAGGCCGAUCAGUUACUUGUACUGCCUCGGGUGCAUUAUGUCUAUUGAGUGCUGCAACUUUAGCAGAAGCCAUGCUUCGAUUUUAUCUGAUGCCUGGAUCAUUUAGAUUCUGCAAGGGGGAAUCAGACUACAAGUGGUCAAUCAAGUUAAUUCUUCUUACACAGGCUGUUGCAGUUGGAGUGGGUACGAUUGCCCCAGCAAUGAGAUGGUUUCUUGCUAUCAAUUUCAGGUGUCCAACAAGAGGCGGGAAAUGGGCCUGCAGAAAAAAUUACAAACUAGAAGAAUACUGGAUUAAGAGAUUAGUGGAGAUGAAAGAGUGCCCGUUAAAUAUACCAAUAAGUAAUCCACACAGCAGGAGAAUUGUCCAUGAUGCCAAAAUUAAAUUUCUGAACUUGUGUAUUGGAAUUCAGGCUGGAAUUGUAUUCAUGAGCAAAAUAAUCCGUCUCAUCUCCAUUUACUCUAUGAGCGUGAUUUUGUUAUGCUAUGACCACUGUAGAGACUGGCUGAUGAAAUUCACACCCACCAAGAGCAUUACAAAUGAUUCAGGGUCAGAGUCGCUCCCUAGCUCAAAGCUGGAUCUCAGCCGUUUUGUUUUGCAUCUUGAAGGUGAAGACUCGCUGGUUGAGGUAAUGAUGAAGGACAACCGAGAUGCUACUGAUUACUGGAGGCAGAGAGCAAAGAAGAGACAACCAAAACAUCUUAUAGAACUGUUGCAACUAUCAAGGCCUUCUGAAGGAUUUAAGGGGCUUACUGAGUUUGACAGUUUCGAAGUACCUUCUCUAGAUGCUGAAGAAGCUCCAGAUUGUUGGUCUCUCUCUGUGGUGACAUUGACAAGCAUUGCAGCUGCACUCCCCAACAUCAAUAGGAGCUCAAUCAAGCAUCUUAUGGCUGGAGUAAACGAAGGUUUGGUGUAUGUCAGACACAUCGAAGACGACCUGGAUAUGCAAGGGAAUUUGAUAAGAAUCAGGAAGGCAGCAGAUGUCGUCUGGCUAGCAUUUGAACUGUAUCACAGGUGGCUAGAUGUGGACCUCCGUAAACCGUCUCUCCAAGGAAAAAGCCCAAAGGAAAUACUCAAAAUACUUUCUGAUACAGCAAAGAACACAUUUAUGGAGUUCAAGAAGAGUAAAGUGGAUCAGUGUCUAGCGGAUAGCCCUUCAAAGUGGCCCAUCAAAGUAUUGGCUGCCAAUUCCAUGUACAGAAUAAGCCAAUCCAUUUUGCUGAACUAUGAAAGCAGAAACUACCAGAUGGGGGAAAGAUUAUUUGAAGCAAUAACUGUCAUGAUCUCUGAUAUACUGGCUGCGUGCCUCACUAACUUACAGCGGUUCAUCUCAAUCAAGUGUUUGACCAGCUCCAUUGAGGAGAGGGAAGAGAGCGUGCGACACGCAGUUAAUGUUCUCGGGAAAACUGAAAACAUUUUGAAGCUCCUCCAUCAAAAAGCACUUCCCGGCUUGAAUCCGGAUCAAAUGGCAUUCAUGGACGAGUGGCGGUCAUUGCACAAGUUAAACAGCUCUUUGCCUGACACUCCAUUUUCGCAAGAAAGUGACUCAGCUUCUCGCACUGGCAGUGAAGUAUACCUAACCAUUGACUAAAUUUUGGCAAGCAUGAAUGUUGGGAAACCAGACGCAGCAUUUUGAUUUUGUUUUUAUGUAUCUAUGUCUUUGUCUAUGGCUUGUCUCGAUGUACAUUACAGUUUAGUACCCUAGAAGAGGAAGCUCUAUAUAUUAGAUUGUGCGGAAACUCGAGUUUUCUUGGA